AUGAGAGAUUAUAAGUUGGUAGUUUUAGGUGCUGGUGGUGUUGGUAAGUCAUGUCUAACUGUGCAGUUUGUACAGGGUGUCUAUCUUGACACUUAUGAUCCAACAAUUGAAGAUUCGUAUAGGAAGACCAUAGAGAUAGAUAAUAAAGUGUUUGAUCUAGAGAUCUUGGACACUGCAGGUGUUGCUCAAUUCACUGCUAUGAGGGAACUAUAUAUCAAAUCAGGUAUGGGAUUUCUACUGGUAUAUUCUGUCACUGAUCAACGUUCACUGGAUGAAUUGAUGGAAUUGAGAGAACAAGUCCUUAGAAUUAAGGAUUCUGAUAAAGUACCAAUGGUUUUAGUAGGGAAUAAAGCUGAUCUAACUGAUGAAAGGGUCAUCUCUGUCGAAGAUGGCAUCGAAAUCAGCAGUAAAUGGGGGAAAGUACCAUUUUAUGAAACAAGUGCAUUACUAAGAAGCAACGUGGAUGAAGUAUUUGUAGAUGUCGUAAGACAAAUUAUCAGAAACGAAAUGGAAAAUGUUGUCAAGUCUGAUGCAAGAAACCAAAGUACCAAAUCGUCUCCAUCAACUUCAGUUGGACCAAAUGGCAAUAUCGCUUCAACAGAAAACUCAAAAAAAUCUAGCCCAACAACAGAUAAACCUAGAUCAAAACCAUUAAAUACUUCAAGACGUCCCACUGAAACUGUGAAAACUACAUUACCCAAACGAUCUACAAAUUCUCCUGGAAAGAGUUCUUCCCCCGUAUCAUCCAAACAGAAAAAGAAGAAGAAAAGGAACCUUUGUGUUAUUUUCUAA